UCCACUGAAAAAUCCGGUAGCCAAUUUUGGGAUCAUAUUGAAAAAGUUAACAAAUUCAACAAAAAGUAAAGGUGUAAGGACACUUGUCAUCAUUCACACAGGGGAAAAGACUGAUGAUAAUUAGGCGGACGAAGCAGAGGAGGGGGCUGAAUCCGCAGGAGUAGCAGGAGGAGAUGGGAUAGGUGGAUGACGAGGAGGUAGCUGAGGCGUAGGUGGAGUAAUAGGAGACAGAGAAGACAUAGGAAAAGGAGGAAGAGGAGAAAAACUAGAAACCAAAACAGAUAAUUAUCUUAUUCUACAAAGAAUGACGCAGGUUGAAACAGGAGGAGGUGGGGAGGGAAAGAGAAUGAUGAGGAGAAGGUGGAAGAGGUAGAGUAGUAUAUGAAGGAGGAGGUAGCGGAAGCAGAGGAGGAGGCGCAAGAAGUUCAUGUAAACUGCUGUUGGCAACCUGAGAAGCAACAAGUAUGAAUCCAGUAUAUGGUGAGAUAGUAAAAACUUUUAAACAUCAGAAAAGUCAUAUUAAAAGAAGCAACUUUCAACAGUUUAUGAUGAGUGAACGAAGUAACGUCAAAAAGUUAAGAAAUGCACACUUACACUUGGAAGAAACAUUUAUACAUGAAAUUGUAGAAGAACUAGAAAAAAACUGUCCUCGUUCAAAAGCAACACAAGAUUAUAGUGAAAUACAGGAGUUAAAAACUGUCACCCAAAGAAAACUAAUUAAUGUUUAUGCGUACAAUAAUGUUAAAGAAGCUGAUGCCGAGAAGUUGCCUUCUGAUUCAGGAGGAAAUGGUUCAGGAGACAUUUUAGACUCUUCCAAGAGGUUAGUUAUAGUGUUUGACAGUGUUGAUGUUGCUCCACAAAAGGGUAGUUACUUUUCUAACAUUGAUGCAAAUGAGAGAGAUGAAUCGGAAGCUAGAAGGGACAUGGGUGGAAGUGACCAUGAUGGGAGAGACAUCGGUGGAAGGGAGACUGGUUGGAAUGACACUAAUGGAAGGGACACUGAUGGGAGUGACACCAUUGGGAAGGACACUGAUGGGAGUGACACUACUGGAAGUGACACUGGUGGAAGGGACAAUUGUGAAAGAGACACUGGUGGGAAUGACACCGGUGAAAGGGACACUGGUGGUGGCGACCUUGUUGGAAGGAACACUGGUUGGAGUGACACUGAAGGAAAGAAUGCUGGUGGAAAUGACACUGGUGGGAGCAGAAAGCUUAUGUGUCAGACUAAUCAGGAAACUGUCACAAUGGUGUCAAUUGCAAAUGGUCGCGCUUAUGUUUCCAGGACUUCUUCUAAGAAAAGCUUUCAUUUGCAGACAAAAUGCAGAAAGAUUAUGUCAGGUGUGUAUAAAUUCAUAAUUGUAGAGUAAUUUUCCUUUACUUGCUAUAUUUAGCAGUGCUCAACUGAACCACUUGUCCACUUAUGCAUACGAGAAGAUGUAGGCUGCAGGGGAGUGGAACUUGCUCUUAUUCUGCAGGACAAGUGCAGUUUUUGACCAAGAAA